UGUUCUUCUGUCGCACACAGAAGUCAAUCACAGUUUCAAGAAGUCAGUUUUCCCAAAUUUCGUAUUUUCUACGUGAUCGAUUGUGAAAUUUCUCAAAAAGUGUUUUUUCGAUUUCCGAACUCUUGAAAGAAUCUAGAUCGCUUCUUAGUGUGAAUAAUAUGGAUAAUCUUGUGCUUCGAUUCCCUAUAUCCAAGAUCAAUAUGAAAGUUAAUAGAACGUUGUUUCCCACUACUAAUUGAAUAAUAGACUGGUUUCAAGUUAUUCAUAUAGUUUCUAACGAGCACGAGAUGAACAUUCCAGUUACUUCAAUAUUUCAUUUCAAAUGAGAAAGUUUUAUUACAUGUGUUCAAAAGAUUGAACUUUUAUUAAAUCAGGUUGAAUAUCCUUUUAACUUUUCCAGUUGAAAAAUAUGUAAUGAGUUUGGACACAUAAGACAAGAAUCGUUACUCCGAUACUCAGUGUAAGAUAAACAGGAUAUCCAUUGAUUCACCUGAGAUUUCAACAAAUCUAUGCCAAUAUUGUGAUACUUUAUUCUAGAAAUUGCCUAGUUGCAAGUUUCAUCUUUACCAUUCAUUUAUUCUUCAGCAUUCUCCAUUUUUUUCAAUCAAUCAAUGUGAUAAAUCAAUCAAAUAAUAUAAGUGAUUGUCGAAUCCUACAGAAACCUAUCGCAAGAAUUCUAGAACGUUCGAAAACAUCUACGGGAAUCUGUGAGGAUUGGACAAAUAUUUUCAAGUGACUUUCAGAUUCUUUUGGUGCAAGUGAAUUAUCUUGAAGACUAGAAGCAAAUACUGUGAAAAAUCUGGUCAAAAGAAACUUGAGAGAGCUUGUAAAAAAUGUUACAACAACUAUACUAAUGUAAUAUUGAUUUUGCAAGGUAUAUACAAUCAAAUUAUCGAAUAAUAAUAAUAUAUACGAGAAUUUUUCGUAGCAUUCCACGAAGCUUUUCACGUAUCCAACGAUACGUGACGAAAAACAUUGAUCAUGUCAAUAUAAUCUUACUAUAAGUCUCCUCACAGUAAUUGUGUUAAUAUUUUUGCAAACCGAUAAUCUUCUCAAGGAACUUUAAGUAAUGUAAUUUCUUCAGUGAUUGUAAAAUUGAAUUUCGAGUUUCGAUUUCGACUACUUCGAUAGAUGGUUGAUCCAGUGAACGACAAUCAUGAACUCUUCCACUUGUUUCGAGAGUGCCCCACAGCACCAUUUAGGUAACAUAGGUGGCAACGACAAUGGAUAUUACGUGCAAUUUGCUGGUCACAACUCGGCUUACUAUCCAACCUAUUUCGGUGGACAGCCGGUUGAAGACUUCAUCGAGCCAGACGUGGACGAUGAAACGAAAGGGGGCGUAUAUCGUGCCCCGGUGGGGCCGGAAUCCAGUGAAACCCGUGUGGGGGCCUACUGGGGAAGUCCCCUGCCCCCUGGAGGCGGUUACCCGGCAGACGACAGCCAGGCCUACUACUGUGGGGGCGGCGCGGAAGGCAGCGUCUAUCUCAGCCUAGACUCUGGAGGCGGCAAUAGGACAUGCUAUGCCAACGAAGACCUGAAAGUUUCGCCGCCUCCACACUCUACUGGCUAUGUACAUGAGGUGGUUUUCGGUCGUUGCACGGGCGCUUCGCCCGCCGACUCGUCAGCCAAUAGCAGCGGCGAUCUGUGCGAGGGUGCAGGGGGGCCCCUGGUCUACGGUGACCCCUUGGCACCCCCUGGGGGAAUGCUGGGGGGCCUGGGGGUGCCAGGGGGCAACGAGGUGCCUGUCAUAAGAGUAGUGAAAAGACGCAACACGGCCAAUAAGAAGGAGAGGCGGAGAACACAGCUUGCCUCUUUGCAGAGUAUAAACAACGCGUUUUCGGAUCUGCGUGAGUGUAUUCCAAACGUGCCAGCCGACACCAAGCUCAGCAAGAUCAAGACCCUACGCCUGGCGACCUCCUACAUUGCCUACCUGAUGCAGGUGCUGCAAGGGGAUGUCUCCGUGGUCGGCGAGGGCUUCAAGGCAGAUCUCAGUGCUCACUCCUCACGCAGACACAGCGCGCCACAAAUUAGGGCCACCAAUCAGCAAGGAGUGCGCAAAUCGAAAGGAGAACCGGAUGGCCCCAACAUGUGUGGGCUUUAGAAUUGAAGAGAUGAGCCUCACUUCGCCCGGCGACUGUUUUCUAUCGAUUCUUUGAAUACGAAUAAAUUCGAAUAUAUCAAUGAGUAUUUUCUAGUACCUACUACAGUUACUAAAAAGAAUAAAUGUAUAUAAAUAAAUUUAUAAAUCUGAGUUCCAUUAUCAAGACUUGAUAAUGCAUACUUGAACGGCAUAAUAAAAACAGUUGUUGGCAUAAUGUUGUUUUUAUGAAAUUGGGAUGAAAAGAAGUUUUGGACUGUUGUAGUCUGUUUCUUUGUCCUUAAGUUGAUUGUAAAUCACACAUAAUAUCUACAUAUAAUCUACAAGAAAACUAAGUAGUGAAAUAGAAGAGUGGGUAAAAGCUAGAGUUUAUUUCAAGAUAAGUGUAUGAAAUGAUAAUUUUGUAAUAACUUAAGAACAUAGUGUAUAAUCCGUCUGUUAUAGUACGUUUUUCUUGAUUCUGUACGAUGGGUAUUAUAGUAUAUAUCCACUUUUAGUCUUGAUUAAUAUUGUAAUAUUUGUAUUUUUCAAUCGCACUCACUGCUGGCGAACAAGUUCCACUUAUGCCAGUAGUGCCUUUUUAUAUAAAUUUAUUUACUUAUAAUAUUGUUAAUUUUAUUAUUGUACUGUAUACUUCUAAAAUUUUGUACUUUUGUUAACUUUAUUAUUUUGUGAUUGUAGAUUUAUGUCUGUAAAAUUAUUUGGCAAAUAAAUUACAAUUUCAAUUUCAAAAUGAUAAAUAAAUAAAUAAUAUAGCCGAAAUAUGUCGCGACAAAAUUAACUUAAAAAGGGGACUCAGAUUUCUAUUUUUAUUUAUAGAAUAAAUGUAGUACGUACUAUGAGUAAGAUACUAUAUAAGCACUAUAUUAUUUAUAGUUAUUCAUGUGUUUUACAUGCAUUUUCAUAGUCAUGUAUGAAUUAAUAAAAUAGGCCUACUUCAGAACUUCGAUCAAUCUAUUGUGUCCAUGAUAAUAAUGUACAAUAUGAUAUAGGCUACUUGAAAUAGUGAAUGAAAAAGACUAAGAAAUUGUCAAAAAACCUUCUUGUCAAAAACCUUCAAAAAACCAAAAAAUUUCUUAGUCUUUUUCAUUCAAUAUGAAUAAUUACCACAAUAUCAACUUCUCAACUACACAAAAAGUACUUGAAAUAGGCCUAAGCACUAAUAAACAUGUUUGGUAGUUGAUUGAAUAUCAACAAAAUAUGUAAAUAGCUUCAAAAAUAAUGAGUUUAUGAGUUUUGCAUCUUGAAAAGGGUUCCAUAUAACUUUGUCAAGAUAUAAAUAUAUCAGUAAGGAGGUGUAAGCGAUUACUAAGGGUUUAGUAAGGGUAUAUUAAGCGUUUUUUCAGGAGUAUUUCCAGAUAACGUUUCUAGACUGGCAGGGCAGGAAGCUCUCCGACUGGCCGAUUGAGUUGUCGCCUGAAAAAACGCCUAAUAUGGUCUGGCCCUUAAACAUUAUCUGAAAAAUAUUGUUGUAUAAACGAGGAAUGCUGGAGUUGUAGUCCUUUGGAAUUGUAUCACUUUCAUGUGAAUAAUCCACCUAUUAUUGUAAUUAAUUUUGAAAAAUUUCAAGUCUUGGAGUUGCCAAAAAAUUGCUGUUAUCGUAUAACAAUACACUAAGGGCCGUUUGCACAGUGACAGUUUAAACUAAAUUUCAUUUUAAACUGGAUUAAAUCCGUAUCAAGUCUAGUUUGUUAUAAUGUGUUUCAUUUUGAGUUCAAGCCACCAGCUGAUUAAAUCGAGUUUAAACUUUGACUGUGCAAACGGCCCUAAGUAUUGUAUAUCGUAUUACAAUCAAUUUAAUUUGUAUAUAAAAAAUUGUGUACCAAAACUUGUAAAAAUUAUAGCACAUGCGAGGACUUUAAAGUCAUUAUUGGUUAUUGCCUUCAUAAAAAUAUUGAUUAUUCUAUAUCAGUCAUGGAAUAAUGGAAGUACACUAUGAUUCUUUCCUCCAUGAUAUCAGUGAAUGAUAUAAAAUUGUAAAAACAGAUUUUCUUUUAAUUCACUCUUAGCUCUAGUUAUCACCAAAGAGAGUAAUGUUCUUACCAAAUUUUUUGCACCAUUAAAAGAGAAAAUUGUAAUAAUUCUACACUAUGUAUUAUUAAGUACUUUUAUGAUUUGCGAAAGAGUUUCCAAAGAGCAAUCGAGUCAAGAUUGAAUGGCAUCGUAGACCAAAGACUAGGAAACUGAUUUUUUCUGUAAAAAGCACUGUAGUAGUUUGUAUAAUAUAAGUUACUGUUGAUAUAAAAUGUAAGAGACUCUGAAUAUAAAAUCGUAUAUUACAAUAUUGUCACAAACAUCAUUCUGAUUUUUUUAUACCUUGAACCAUUGAAUAG